AUGCCUUCGCCAUCCCAGGAUGAUGUCUAUGCACAUCGCAUAAUUCGGCGACGAUCGAGUCGGUCUGCAGCUUGGCCCAGUGUGCUCGGAUUGAAACCGCAAGUGACUUGGCGCAAUGCGGUAGCUUUUCUCGUCCACUGUUCGGCUUCGAUCCUCUUCUUGGUGUUUCUCAACGCCUCGCAGCCAUUUCUGAUUCACCAACUGGAAUCUAUGUCCAAGCAGGCAGCAGACGGCGACCUUCCAAGCAGAGCUGGAUCGAUGAGUGGCUCGCUCAUCUUCUGUGAUGAGCUUCUGUCCACCUUCACCUCUCUCGUUUGGGGUGCACUUGCAGAGCUCGUCGGACUAGCCACUGUGACCUCGACAUCGUACCUUUUCAUCGCCGUCGGGCUUGUCUCGUACACCAUCCCCACCAGGCCAUGGCCUGACCUUGUCCCUGCCCGACUCGUGUUUGCGCUAGGAGGCAGCGGUGUAACGGCAAUGCUCUCAGGCAUUCUCUCCGAGUAUUCCGACUCGCCGCCGGCGGUGCAAGCGUCAACAGAGCAAGACGCAGAGUGGAGCUCGGACACCACUCUUUGUGCCAACUCGAGACAAGACGAUACAGACGUUGAUGCCGCAGAACAAUCUCGCCUGCUUCGCACAGAGCAGCAAGCACAACUAAGCUACAGGCACAACGUCAUCAAAGGACAGCCAAAGUGCCGACACGGUCGUGUUGCCGCCGUUGCGGGUGUAUUCACAGGGCUUGGUGCGCUGAUGGCUGUCUUCGUCCUCAUCCGCCUCCCUGAAAAGAUCGCUGAUUAUCUCGAACACCACGAGCCUGCCCUGUUGCUGCACAAGGCCAACAAAGGAUUGCCAGGUGACAAGUUGAUUCGCAGGGCGACAAUUGUGACUUUCUGGCUGGUGGCAGCUCUAGCGCUUCUCACGGCUUCAGUCACCGCUAUAGGUCUCAAACAACCCAAGGGCAGUCCACGCCGUUUUUCGACAGCCGAGGCGCGAUUCCAACGAUCCGGGCAACGACAACAAGAUUAUGGAACGCUGCUCGACAGCACCAUUGCAAUAGCUGAUGACUCGCGACAAGCGCGACGUGCACGAAUGCGUGAGCGACAGCAGCGUCGCACGCACGCGGCUUGGGCCAAUGUGAUACGUUUGCAUCUGUACCGAUUCCUCAGCGCGUCCGUAGGUGGCUUUCGAAUGGCCGGGCCUUUACGCAGAACGGCCAACGUCGAAACGACCGAGUUGGAUAAGCGCUUGGCAUGGGAGUUGCGCGUGGCAUAUCUCGGUGGAGCUCUGGCAAGAGCCUUCACAAUUGGAACCACCGCCUUCUUGCCUCUGCUUGUGAGCCAUUAUUACUACUCAUCGGGACUCUGCCGACAACUUCCGUCUCCAGACCCGAAAUCGCCACUUCCGAACGACGAGCUGAAAAAACUAUGCCGAGGUGCCUUUACAGCCACUGCCAUACUGGGAGGAACUGCUCAAUUGACGGCGCUGCUCACUUCGCCUCUGAUUGGACUGCUUUGCGACACUUUCUCGCCCAGCACGACCAUCUCGCUCACUUCUGCGUUGGGAGCGGUAGGGUUCUACCUGCUCGGUGUUGGCACAUCAGGCUUUGGUGGUGAUAAACAGACAGGAGAAGAGGUACCUGAUCCGUUGACGAUCUUAUCCAUCGCGGCUGCAGUAUUGGUUGGGAUCGGCCAGAUCGGAGCCAUCGUAGCCAGCCUGGCCGGAUGCGCUCGAGCUAAGAGCCUCGUGGUUGAGAAGCAGAUCCAGACGCCCGCCGAUGAGGCUGCGCACACUGCUUCUGCACACGACGCGGGGAGUUCAUCGAGUGGAACCAACCGCUGGCGACCGCAAUCGCUCGACAAGGACAAAACAGGACAAGGUGCGGGUGCAAUCGCAGGAGCAUACUCUUGUACAGGUUCAUUGUCGAUCCUUUUCAUUUCCAAGGCAGGCGGACUCCUUUUCGACAUGUACGUUCCGAGUCCUUUCCUUCUAAUUGGUGGCUUUUCUGCGCUCGUCGCCCUCUGUGGCGCUGGCGUAAGCACAGCAAGGCGCCUAAAACGUCUGCAGGGUCCGAGUCAAGCUUGA